AUGGAUACUAAGCGCGUUAGCGAUCAAAAGACAAUGUCGUUCGAAUUUUGCACUCAACUUACGAUGUAUGUUUCGAACCGCAGUACAGCGCCGCGCCCCUUUAGAUUGCACACCGUUUCAGAUCAUAUGCCGCUUUCUUUAAAGGCAACGGACUUGGCCACCCGGGCGUGGACUCAUCUCAGCAGAAAUAAACUGCGAAGAUCAGUAAUUAAAGCGACUUCGGACCAGCCUUCACGCCCGCCUUGGAAACACCUGCAACGGAUCUUGCUCAGCACUCAACUCGCUUCCUUCGGAGCAGACUCCUUCGUGUGCGUGCCUGAGGUUUAUGAGUACUUGUUCCAAAGACUAUCGAUUAGUGAUUCCUGGAUGGUCGUCUGCAAGACGCUUUUCGUUAUCCACUACAUCCUGAGGGAGGGAAACCAACGGCUAGCAGAGUUACUGCUUAGCGACUCGGCCACUUGUUUUACGUCUGCUGAACGACUUAUCGGGCCUGACUUCGUGUAUGCACAGUUCGUACGAAAAUAUGCCAUUUAUCUGAGGGAAAAGGUAAUCGCCUACCAAGCGAUGCGAGUCGUUUUUGAACAUCCAGGGACUCGCAAGGCAGUGAGCUCUGGAGCCCCAGUGCGAGUCGUGACACCGAGAGAGUGCGCCUCAGGACCCAUAAUACUGGGCUCGGCGAGUGGUGAACUCAGGAGGGCUCCACCCCAACAAGCAACAAAUUAUUCUACCCAGCCGGCUGAGAGUGCUCAAAUGGCGGCAGUUGCCUCUAUUCCAGGUGCAAGUAUUGAGAGCCUUGCUCUCGUCGACGCCAUUAGAGUCCUGCCGAUUCUUCUCGAUCAGCUGGACGCUCUUGUUGCUGUGCGCCUUGCAGACGGCUCGCGACUCAACGAUCUAACUUGCGCUGUUUCAGAACUCUUACUAGAAGAAUUGGGCGGGCUCAUUCCAGAAGUUAAUCGAGGCAUGAAUCGAGUUCUAGAAAGUUUUCAUGCUCUGGGGACUCAUCACGCCAUAUUUUGCCUGCAUAUCUACGAUCGUUACUGUAGCUGCGUACGAAGUACUGAAGAUUUUCUUUCGAUGCAGUUUGGGACGCACGUUUUCCUACCCAGAGGUCGGACGCCGCUGCUUGAUCACGUGCCUCUGGAUUUGAGUGCAAGUCUCCGAGAGCAUAUCCUUCGUAAGGGUCUAGAAAGAACCUCUGGAAUAUCCUCUGAUAAAGAACGAGCAAAAGAAGAGGAGCUGAUUCGAAAGGCCAUCGAGGAAUCCAUACGGGCAACCAUGCGUUAA